UGGCCCGGCUUGGCGCUGGCGGCUGCAAACAGUCCCGAGACGGCGGCUAACUCAUGGCUCCAGCUGUACCGGUGGCGACCCCGCGAACAGUGCGGCCUGGACCUGCUUUCCGCUAUCCGAGCGUGCCCUGAUGCGCGUGCGCGGCCCGGACGCAGCGCCCUUCUUGCUGGGGCUAUUGACUAAUGAGCUUCCGCUUCCGGGUCCCGCGGCGGGUGAGGCACCGCCUUCUACGCGCGCGGGCUAUGCCCACUUCCUGAACGUGCAAGGCCGGACACUCUAUGACGUCAUUUUGUACCGGCUCCAUGAGAGUUUGGAAGAAACACAGGGCUUCCUCCUGGAAUGUGACAGCUCUGUGCUGGGUGCGCUACAAAAGCACCUCAUGCUGUACAAGAUCCGGCGGAAGGUCACAGUGGAGCCGCACCCGGGGCUGCGUGUAUGGGCAGUGCUGCCUAGCACCUCCGAGGCUGGUGGGGUUGCACUGCUUCAGGAGAGGGUGGAAGCCACUUCCAUCCUUACCCGUGACCCCCGUACUGCAUGUAUGGGGUGGCGGCUCCUCACCCAGGAAGAAGGCCCUGCCCUGGUACCCAGAUGUUGGCUUGGAAAUCUUCAGGAUUAUCACCGACAUCGGUACCUGCAAGGCAUUCCCGAGGGGGUCCAGGACCUGCCACCAGGAGUGGCCUUGCCCCUGGAGUCCAACCUGGCCUUCAUGAAUGGCGUGAGCUUCACCAAGGGCUGCUACAUUGGCCAGGAACUGACCGCUCGCACUCACCAUAUGGGUGUCAUUCGCAAGCGCCUUUUUCCCAUUAAGCUCUCAGGCCCUCUCCCUGCAGGAGGCAUUGCCCCAGGCACAUCAGUGUUUACUGAGUCGGGACAGGCAGCAGGCAAGUUCAGGGCCGGCUUGGGGGAUGUGGGGCUAGCUCUGCUACAGUCAGAGAAAAUAAAGAGUCCUCUCCACAUCAGAACCUCUGAGAAUACUCAGGUGGCCUUAACUGCAUCAGUGCCAGACUGGUGGCCCAUGGUCACCAAGUAGCCUUUGAUGCCACCAAAUAGCCCUUGGCUCCUGCAGGUCAGUGAAGCUGUUGGGAUGCCUGGGGUCUCCGGUCAGAGCUGCUGUGCCCUACUGGAUGUGAGCCCCAUUUCCCAUGGUGGCCCCGCAAACACACUCCAUCUGGGAAAGUCCUUGUGUGUGUGCACUUUGCCAGGAGCUGCAGAUGUAGUGGAGUGCUUGCCAUGAGCUUUCUUCUGCCUGGGAGUUACAGAACUGGGCCCUGGAGCUACAGAAACUGUCUUGGGGACCAGAGGAGAAGAGAAGCAGCCCUGGUCCACCUGUAUGCUGCUCUGAGCCCUAGCAUGGACCAAAUUCAGCAUCUGUGGGCUGAGAACAGGAUGGCAUCCAUGCCUGGAGCUGACAGCUUCAGGGCCUUAUCCCCCACUCGCCUGCUGUUGAUGGGCCUUAAGGCCAGGGUGGCAUCUGGAGUUGGCAGGCUAAGGGAGGUGGUUUGGGAAUUGUUCUACUGUGCUUGCCUUGGGACAUACCUCAGGGCACAAGUUGUGUAUGGUGAUCUGAUGUUUGCUUGUGGAGGCACCACACUACACUGCUGUGCACACCUGAGCUAACCUGUUCUCUCUGAGUGCACGUCUGUGUGUUCAGGGUAGCACCUGCUUUCAAUAGUGCUGGGCACUGGAUGAGGUCCCAAGUCAGUUUACACUGAGGAAUUCCAAAUGGUGGUGCUUCACCAUGCCCAGGCUUGCUGAGCGAAGGGUAGAGGGUGGACCCCAGGGCUCAGAUUUUCUUGGGAGGGGCCUUCUGCUUCUUUGCUGUUUUACAGGUGUAGCCACAUGUUUUCAGUAUGAGAUGGAGUUGCUUUCCAGUGGUGAGGACACCCCUCUCCCCCUUUCAACCACUACCUUUUGAAUGAAUUUCCAUUAUAAUGUGAAUCAGCAGUUAAGGGGUGCCUCUCCAGGAGGCCCAGAGUGACUAUUAAAGUGUGAUGUACAAGCA